UAGUCGAUAGUAAAAAUGUGAUCUAGCACAGAUUACGUAAAAUCAUUAUAUUUGGCGAAGAAUUCAAAAUUAAGUGUAUUAUAAUCAUAAUUAAAUUCAUGGUCUGAAUAACAAUGUGUACGUGCGGCCCCACCCACGAAUGCACUGAAGAAUAUUUCACUGCGACGUCUGAUCUUCCAAGCUCGAAGUACUCGUCAUGGCGAACACCUGUAGAUCGAAGCAUGCAAAGUGAAUUCUGUCCACCUGAUUGUCCAGCACCAUCGUCCCCAAGGACACCAAAAUCACAAUCAAUUCCACCCCAGGUUCCAAUGGCACCACUAAGGACUCUCAGGCGACGCCCAGAAUUAGCAGCUGGGGUAGCUAUAGCAGCUCGUCGCAUAGAUUUCGAACGAAUGCGAUUGUCAGGGUCAAGUUUAGAUGACACUCGAGAUGAUAUGUUUGAUGAUUCAGAUUUCACAGGAAGACAACCACUAGCUGCAUCUAGUUUUCGAUCUCCAUCCCCUCCAGCUGGAGGCACAAGACAAUCAACACCAGGAACCUACAGAUUGCGACGAGCAAGAACCCCACAAUUCCCAGCUGUAUCCAGACAACAGCCACCCAGAAUGACUCAAAUGACACCCUGCGGAAAAUGCUUACGAAUGUGACGAAACUGAUGCGAUGAAAUUGUGAGCAGAAAAUUCUACUAUUGCACUUUCAAAGAGAACUUCUCGAUUCAAGGACUCCAUACAUCUUCGCCACUUCACGGACGUAUUAAAGUGGUCAAUUGAAUUAAAUUUGAAUAGAUCAUGUAUUCUGCAUCCUUCAAAUUUUAUUACUGCGAAUCAGAAUGGAUAGGUGGAAAAGGUAGCAUGGUAGAAGACACCCGGGACACCCAGGAACCUGAAGAGAUCGUAGAAGUACUCCGCAAACACUCUUCGCUGUUUUUCAAUCAGGGCCACAUUCGCUCGCUCAUAUGGGCUAGUGUGUGCCCUCACCUUUGUUGUUUGCCGGUUUUCAGGGUCGCACCUUCCUCAUGAUUUGUCAUCAUGAUAACCACUAUUACUUUUCACUUCCUCGUAUAAUUGAAAGUUUUACGACGAAGAUAUGUAUUAGUAUUGUGGUUUUCAUAAAUGGAAGAGCAAAUUUUUGCAAAGUAAAUUUGCAAUGAUAUGAAAUAUUUCACAUUUCAAUUAAGAAUAUUUAAUAUUUUUUAAUUAAAAAGAAAUUACUAUUACUAUUAAGGGUACCAAAAAUUACGGGUUCGAGGGGAUUCGAUCCAAAGAAUUGUCAGGCUACGAUUUCGAAAUUCUGAAUUAUUAAAAAUUCAAGAAAUUUAUUUAUAGACACCAUAAGAAUCUACAAUCAUCCCUCCCCUUGUAAGGACAGGCGUUCUUCAUAAGCAAUCCCUAACGAACUAAAGACGAAUUAGAAAAAGAAUUAAUUCUUUUAAGUCAGGAAAGGGUUAGAUAAGACACGUGGCUCAGUAUACGUAACAUAUCGUACGCAGAAAAGGGAGGAAGAGAGAAAAGAUAAAUGGUGGCAAAUUUACGUAAUGAAGCGAUCCGUCCGGGUGGUCCCAAGCACGAGGACGCGUUUCCUCGUCAUCUUGGCAAUCCUCCCAAGGUGGAGAAAACAAAGAGAGGCGAAGAGAAUUUCGAGGACGAGUGGCGGGAACUCCGACUGGGUCCACUGGUCGAAUUAACGGUACCGGAAGUAUGAGACAACGUGCACACGUCCUCGUAUUAUGCAUACGAGAGAACGUAAAGCAUCUUUUACUACCCACAAUCGCUUCCCAAAACGUUUCUCUUUCGUUCUCGUGCCAACGCUGUCACAGCAUUUCGUUUUCUCGUGUGGCAGACGCGAUAAGCGUCAAAAUAUUUAACGCAUCUUUGUACGGUCGGAUAAUUUUACCUUUUCGAUAGCAUUUUAAGGAGAUGGGUACAGAUUAUCUUUUCCGCAGAGUAAUCUUUAACUCUGUAUAAAAAAUAUUGCAUUCCCUUCUCGUUGAUGCCAUGAUACCUGGACACUCUUGGGUUGGCGAGAUUCGUUGGAAAUUAAAAAAUUUCAGAAUUUUGGAAUCUUAAAGUUUAAAAAUAGUGGAGUCCUCCCACAUUUUUGAGGAGGGACCGGUCCAGUUUUUAGACAUGGGAUUUGACAAAAAUAGAUACCAUACCCUGCUUGACCCCUCUGAGUACAAGAAUUCAUUUAUAUCAAAUAAAUUUUAUGUACUAAACAUGAAAAUAAUUUCAUCAAACGGUACACGUUGAAAGCGAGACUUCCCUUAUGUAGGUGCAUCUUCGCACACCCUUCUAACUUUGGUAAAGAAUUUCUUUGUAUUCGUGGGAUAUAUGAGCACCGUCUGGCAGUGCAAAACAGAGAACACGUGGAAACCUAUGUUCGAUGUCUCAGUGAAUAAAGACGUCGUUGCUGAAGCGUCAACACCCACGUCCUUUGUCGCGCGACGGGUACAUUGUUGUGGACUUGCCUCGAAUCUUCGAGGAACACGGUUCGAACUCAUUUAGGGAACCCGAGUCUGUAUACUGUCAACGUGCUAGUGAAUACCAUGCAACUUGAUCACUGUUAGCUGUAUCGCGUUACGGUAACUUGUAAAACUUUCAGUCAGAUUUAAACACACCGUGAAACUAACCGACUACAUACUUCUUUCAUGAAAUUAACUAUAAUUAAAGAGUUUUAACCUGGGAGGAAAUUAAUCGAAACCUGUCAUGUAUAAUACAAGAGGUAAAAUUUAAAUUUACCCUGUGCGAUGAAUUUUUUUUAUAAAUGUAAAAUAGUAAAAUUACAGCUGACGAAAUUGCCACACAAGUUGUACGUGGAACAAAGAUAAACUCCGCAAAAAAGGUAAUAUAAUAAAAUAUGUGAAUGUACAAAUGCAUGGGUUCAGCUUUCGGUAAAUCAUUUCAUAUUUACUGCAGUUAAUUAGGCGACCGGUCAUUAUGCCAGUUUUACACGUUAUGGUCAGAGAGUACCUUUAAUGUAUAUUCGCGAAUAACAGACUUAAUGUGACAGUAAUGCUCAAAGGUUAAUACAUGAAUGUCGUUUGCAACUGGUAGUAUGUUGAAACUUCAAGAAUUUUUGUAGAAACAUAAAUCAGUAGAAAAGUAUUAAAAAAA